AUGAAGGUUAUCAAAGACAAUGUGCUGCACAGGCUUAAGGCCUACAAUCUUUCCCAACUGGUUGACUUUAUGGUGACCCGGUUCGAGGACUAUUACAUCAGGCGCCUCACUGAUUUUGCCAGCAACAGGGUGGUCAGGCGGCAACCAAGGCCAUCUACCUCAGAUGUGGACUGCCAGAGAAUCACACGGAAGAACACCUUGGAGAUGGAGUUUCUGCUGGGACUGCUCCGACCCUCUCAGGUGAGAUCAGGAGGCGAACCACCCUCACAUCAAGAUGAGGCAUCUGAUGCUACCUAUGAAGCUACUAGCAGCUCAGUAGCUGGAACAAGCACAUCAGACACAGAGGACCUGAAGAGGCAGCUGGAUGACUUUGUUGGAGACCUGAAAAGGAAGUUGGAGGAGGAUGAGAGCUACAGCGCACCUGUUAAGGCUUUUCUGUCCACUUUCUCAAAGCUCCACACAGACUCAGCCAUCCAGUCUGCUUUGUUCUCCAUAGGGAAAGCACCACAAGCCCAACCGAUGGGACGGAAGAGACCAAGGGGUUUCCUCCAAACAACCACCACAAUAGGUGUCCAACCUACAGCGGUGAGACGAAGAAAGACCCCUUUGGGUGGGAGGAGAAGCCUUGGAGCCGGCCGGCCCCCAAAAAGCUCUAAGAAGGAGCACGGCUACCACAAGAAGGGAAGAGCAAAGCCCGCACCUCACAAUCUUUCCUUCUGUGUCCAAGAAAACAGUGCCUUAGGGAAGACACACUGAGGGCCAUAUGCAUGCACAUGAUAGAGUGAUAUACUGUACAUCCAGUCUCCUUUAUAAAUG